AGGGAACAAUCUUCGUCAGCAACACAGUCUACUACGGAAGAAGAAGAUGAACCGGCCUGCGUCUGUCCGAACCUGCGGCAAAAGCAGGUUGCCUGGGCGUCGCGUUUCCGAGCGGCCCAACUACACGCGGAACGCCUCGUUGACAAGCACGCAAUGGAGAGCCAAAUCGUUACGCUUGCCGGGACUGCGUGCCUCGUCCCGGCGCUGUGGGCGGCGUCGCAACUGGCAGCUUCGGCCUUGCGUGUCGUCCGGCGCUUGGGUGGUGGAGGGGGAGGUAAGCGAUCUUCUCAGCGCGGAGGUUCCUAUGAGGAACAGGAAGCAGGAACAAGCACGAUGUUGGUGGACGAGGAAGAUGCAAAUGAAAAGCCGGACGACCUCGAGUCGUACAACGACUGGCGAGCUAGAGGCAGCACGGGUUCAUCCGAUUGCUCUUUGGAUCUUCAGCAGUCUCGUGGGGGGGGACUGUUGUCUUCCCCUUCAGUGUCGAGGCCGGCGACGCCCGAGAAGAGCUACAACACAAAGCAACCCGACAGGUUCAACUUUUCGAGUGAAGAGGUAGGAAGCGUUAAUGGCACGGGCGAAGUGGUUGACCACUUCGAUUUUCUCCCC